AAAGUAAUCUUCCCAACAAAACAAUAACACAUAAACAUUCAAAGAAAAUAAAUUAUUAUACGAAUCAAAUCGAUAAAACACUUUGUUCUUCUCCCUCCCCACUGUUAUUACUUUUCUCUAUAUUCCUUUCAACGUGGAUGCUUGCACUCUACCAACAGAUUCCAACAAGGCUGCAAUCUGCAAUCGGUCUACCGCGAUCAAUAUAUGAAGAUCUUGUGAGAAUUACGCGGUCUUGAAUCGUAAUCUAACCAAGGUUUUGAAAAGGGGGUAGUUAGAUCAUGAUAAAAUUAAAAGAUAUUAAAUCUUUUCAUACAGAAAAAAGAUGGGCAUUCCCUCUUGCUAUAACCUCAAUCAUAUGUUUAUUCCUGUUAGCAACUUGUUUCAACAUGGGUCUCCUUCCUCCUUUGUACAAAUUCAAUUCAUUUUUCCCAUUAUUCAACUCUCGUGUCGUGUCAAAUCAAUCCGUUCCACAUUUCGCCGAAGAGAAAAUCAUAUAUCCGACUUCAGAAUCGCGUCCAUCCAUUCCUCGUUUUGCGUAUUUAAUUUCCGGAUCAAAGGGGGACUUGAAUAAGCUUUGGAGGACACUUAGAGCGUUAUAUCAUCCGUGGAAUUAUUAUGUUGUGCAUCUCGAUCUUGAAUCGGAACCUGAGGAACGGAUGGAGCUUGCGUCACGAGUUGAGAAAGAUCCCAUGUUUGCUGAAGUUGGGAAUGUUUAUAUGAUCACGAAAGCGAAUAUGGUGACUUAUCGAGGUCCCACGAUGGUGUCGAACACUCUUCACGCGUGUGCUAUUCUUUUGAAGAAAUAUAAAGAUUGGGAUUGGUUUAUAAACCUUAGUGCAUCUGAUUAUCCUCUAGUGACUCAAGAUGAUCUUCUUUCAACAUUUCGUAAUCUGAAUCGAGACUGGAAUUUCGUUGAGCACACAAGUCAACUCGGAUGGAAGGAGGAUCAAAGAGCGAUGCCGUUAAUGAUUGACCCCGGACUAUACGAGAAUAAAAAGUCCGAUAUCUUUUGGGUGCAACCAAACAGACCUCUGCCAACAGCAUUUAAAUUGUUUACAGGAUCGGCUUGGAUGGUUUUAUCGCGAUCAUUCGUAGAAUAUUGCAUAUGGGGUUGGGAUAAUCUACCACGAACUCUACUAAUGUACUACACCAAUUUCGUCUCUUCACCCGAAGGUUACUUUCAAACCGUCAUAUGCAACGUUCCGGAAUUCAUUCCAACCGUGGUCAACCACGAUAUGCACUUCAUUUCAUGGGACAACCCACCAAAGCAGCAUCCACACGUCCUCGAUAUUAACGACACCGCUAAAAUGAUAAAAAGCGGGGCAGCAUUUGCCCGUAAGUUUGACCAAGAUACCGCGGUUUUGGAUAGAAUCGAUAGUCAGUUGUUACACCGGCCCAAUGGGAGCUUUACACCUGGCGGAUGGUGCAAAGGUAGCCCGUCUUGUUCCAAGGUUGGGAACCCGAUACGGGUUAAACCCGGCCCGGGAGCUAAACGGGUUAGAAGACUUAUUAACAAGUUAAUUCAAUCAGCUAAAAACGGAAAUCAGUGUCGAUAGGCGAUAUUCUUUAUUUUUGAGAUGGGAGUAUUUGAGAGAGACCAGAAGUUAGUUUUGGUCGUAUGUUAUAGCAUUUUUGUAUUAUCUGAAUAUAUAUUACAUAAACAAAAACCAUUCUGUACCUGUUGUUCUUAUGUUAGAUCAUAUGUCAUUUGUUUGUUUAUGUUAUACUUUUGCGCCUAAAGGUUUAGCUUAGUAUUAUCGGAUAGUAUGUUGUAGCAUUUUUGUAUUAUCUGAAUUUACAUUAUAUAUAAAUGAUUAUGUACCUGUU